AUGGAAAGAACAAGAGAGCUCAAAUGGGUGUUAUUCAAUUCUUUCUAUUAUCUGGAAGCCCCUGUAAUCGAUAGCUUAAUUGCCCAGGGAGCUUCCGUAUACUCAAUUGGUCCCUGCAUUUUGUCUCAUCAUCUAAAUGACGGAGUUCAGGCAGGAAUCACGGUGAACUUAUGGGCAGAAGAAGUGGAAUGUUUGGAGUGGUUAGACAAGCAGUCUCCGAAGAGUGUGGUGUACGUGUCCUUCGGAAGCCUGGCAAUAAUGAAGCAGAGAGAGUUGGAAGAAAUUGCGCUGGGUUUGGAGGCGACCCAGAAACCAUUUUUGUGGGUUUUGCGCGGCGAUUUAAUGGACGGGUCAAGUGCUAAACUUCCUCCAGGAUUCAUGGAAGCCACCAAAGAUCGGGCAUAUUUUGUGCCAUGGUGUCCACAGAUGCAGGUUCUUUCUCAUCCUUCUAUUGCUUGUUUCGUCACUCACUACGUGUGGAAGAUUGGGCUGGCCUUGAAUAAGAACAACAAUGGAAUAGCAGAAAAGAAGGAAAUCGAGAUGGGGGUGAAGAAGGUGUUUGAAGAUGAUGAGAUGAAGGCCAGAUUUUUUAAAUUGAGCAAGGAAGCAAAAGAUGCAGUGGCGAGCGAAACAGGAUCGUCUUAUGCAAAUUUUCAAGAAUUUGUGAAGGCGAUGAAGGAAAAAAACUCUGACAAAUAA